AUGGCUACAACUCAACCAUCUUUGCGUCACUUCCUUCUGUUUCUCUUAGCAUGCAACCUUUUCCGGCACCUUUACGCUUCAUACACCACCAAAAUCGGGGUCAACUAUGGCACAGUGGCAGACAACCUCCCGCCGCCGUCCACGGUGGCCACCUUCCUCAAAUCACAAACCGCCAUCGACCGCGUCAAACUCUUCGACGCCAACCCCGACAUGCUCCGCGCCUUCGCCGGCACCGGCAUCUCCAUAACUGUCACGUUGACGAACGCCGCCAUCCCUUCCCUCUCGACGCUCCCCGCCGCGCAAGCGUGGCUGUCCGCCAACAUCCUCCCCUUUCUCCCUGAAACUGCCGUGACACGUAUCGCCGUCGGGAACGAGGUCCUCGCCACCUCCGACAAAACCCUAAUCGCGCACAUGCUCCCAACUAUGAAAUCCCUCCACGACGCCCUCUCCCUCGCCAACCUCACCACCGUCCAAGUCUCCACCCCUCACUCGCUCGGGAUCCUGGCCUCGUCGGAGCCUCCCAGCGCCGCCGCGUUCCGCCGCGGAUACGACAAAACCAUCUUCGCGCCGAUUCUAGACUUCCACCGGCGAACCAAGUCCCCAUUCAUGGUCAACCCGUACCCAUUCUUCGGGUUCUCUCCCACCCGACCGGAGAGUCUGGACUACGCUCUAUUUAGACCAAACAUCGGCGUUUGGGAUGCGGGGACGGGGGUGAACUACACGAACAUGUUCGACGCGCAAAUGGACGCGGUUUUCUCGGCGAUGAAGAAACUCGGGUAUGAUGACGUGGAAGUGGUGGUGGCCGAAACGGGUUGGCCCUCUGUUGGUGACCCAAACGAAGCAGGUGUUAGUUUUGACAAUGCGGCGUCGUAUAACGGGAAUCUUAUUAAGCACGUUAACUCUGGAAAAGGGACCCCUCUUAUGCCUAAUAGGACUUUCGAGACUUUUAUCUUCUCUUUGUUCAAUGAGAAUCUGAAGCCCACAGUUUCCGAACGUAACUAUGGCUUGUUUAAUCCCAAUCUUACCCCUGUUUACGACGUCGGCGUUUUCAUUGCCAAACAGGCAGCGGGUCCCACGGCAUUAACACCCUCUGAGUCACCUUCUUCGUCAUCGUCUUCGUCUUCAACGAAGAAAUGGUGCGUGCCGAAGAGGGAUGCCAGUGAUGCAGCGUUGCAGGUCAACAUUGACUUUGUUUGUAGCAGAAGUGGAAUAGAGUGUGGGCCCAUAAAUGAUGGUGGGCCAUGCUUCAAGCCCAACACAGUUAAGUCCCAUGCGGCGUAUGCCAUGAACGCAUAUUAUCAAGCAUCUGGUGGUCACGAUUUCGACUGCGAUUUCGGCCACACCGGACUCAUCACUUACACCGACCCAAGUUACGACGCGUGUAGGUAUCCUAAUUCUUCUACUGGGCCUGGGCCUGAGUCUGGGCUGAAUGUCAGAAAGCCUGAUACAGCUGCAUCACUCGGACGUGCCUUUCACAGCACUCUCUUAUUUGUUACUAUUCAAAUUCUAAUUUGUUCCACUUUUAUCUAA